ACCAAUCGUUUGCGAAUGGAGCUGGACCAAGUGGAACUGGCGUAGGGUUUGCAUGCAAGCACGCGGUUUAUUGCACCCAAUUAUCCAACCAUGCAGCGCUGUUUCACUUUAUCCGUUGUACGGUACUGGGCCCUUCGGAAGAAGGUUCUGACAUUCAACUUCCAACAAUCUGCUGCCAUGUCUACGCUUCUGAUAAACGAGCCCAAAUAUGCCUGGCUGAAAGAGUUAGGUCUUAGUGAGGAUAAUGAUGGCGUUUACAACGGGACUUGGGGAGGCAAAGGCGAGGUCAUCACAUCAUAUUGCCCUGCCAACAAUGAGCCAAUUGCCAGAGUACGCCAGGCAACCAUGGCAGAAUAUGAAGAAACUGUGCAGAAAUGUAGGGAAGCCUGGAAGGUUUGGGCAGAUAUUCCGGCCCCCAAAAGAGGGGAGAUUGUGCGACAGAUUGGCGAUGCUCUGAGGAAAAAGAUUAAAGUCCUGGGCAGCCUGGUGUCCCUGGAGAUGGGGAAGAUCUAUGUUGAGGGGGUUGGCGAGGUGCAGGAAUACGUAGACGUCUGUGAUUACGCCGUUGGCCUUUCUCGCAUGAUCGGUGGUCCCGUUCUCCCUUCUGAAAGACCAGGUCAUGCGCUUAUCGAGAUGUGGAACCCUGUUGGCCUGGUGGGCAUUAUAACAGCCUUUAACUUCCCUGUGGCGGUCUACGGCUGGAACAACGCCAUCGCCCUCAUCUGUGGCAACGUUUGUCUGUGGAAAGGCGCUCCCACAACUCCCCUCACCAGUGUAGCUGUAACCAAAAUCGUGGCAGAGGUGCUGGAGCAGAACAACCUGCCUGGCGCCAUCUGCUCCAUGACGUGUGGCGGCGCGGACAUCGGCACAGCGAUGUCCAAGGACGAGCGCGUGGACCUGGUGUCAUUCACUGGCAGCACUCACGUGGGCAAGAUGGUGGCCAUGACCGUGCAGGAGAGGUUUGGUCGGAACCUUUUGGAACUUGGUGGGAACAAUGCAAUCAUAGUGUUUGAGGAUGCUGAUCUGAGCCUUGUGGUUCCCUCUGCCGUCUUUGCGUCCGUGGGAACUGCCGGGCAACGGUGCACGACCACCAGAAGACUGAUGCUGCACGAAAGCGUCCACGACGUGGUGGUGGAGAGGGUAGCCAAAGCCUACAAACAAGUCCGCAUCGGAGACCCCUGGGACCCCAGCACGCUGUAUGGCCCGCUACAUACCCAGCAAGCUGUGGACCAGUACCUGGCGGCCAUUAAUCAGGCCAAACAGCAGGGCGGCACUGUGGUGUGUGGAGGAAAGGUCAUGGAUCGUCCUGGGAACUACGUGGAGCCCACCAUCAUCACAGGGCUACCUCACGACGCACCCAUCGUUCACACGGAGACCUUUGUCCCCAUCCUCUAUGUCCUGAAGUUCAAGACUGAGGAAGAGGCGUUUGCCUGGAACAACGAGGUCAAGCAGGGCCUCUCUAGCAGCAUCUUUACCAAGGAUAUGGGCCGUGUCUUCCGCUGGCUAGGGCCUAAAGGGUCCGACUGCGGCAUUGUGAACGUCAACAUUCCCACCAGCGGAGCUGAGAUCGGAGGCGCCUUCGGUGGGGAGAAACACACCGGCGGUGGACGUGAGUCAGGCAGCGACUCGUGGAAGCAGUACAUGAGAAGGUCCACAUGCACCAUCAAUUACAGCAAGGACCUCCCUCUGGCUCAGGGAAUCAAGUUUGAGUGAACCAAACCCCCGGAAUCACACAAGGAAGCAUUAUCACGGACCCACAAGGAAAACAAAAACACUAAACUAGCUUUUCUUUCCUUUUAUCUUCCUCUCUGAUUGCUAAACUUUUGUCCUAGCAAAUGUUACAAUCAGAAAAUGAAUUGAACUUAACCAAGUGGGACAGCAGCCAGAUUACUUUGUGUAAAUGUGGCGGAAUGUGGAUGUAGAAUUUUAAUUAGUUGUAUGUGAUUAGAGGGCUUAGAUCUACAAAUGGAAAAUGAAUCCCUCCAUUGUAUAGAGAAUACAGUUGGUCUGGAAAGGUCAAAUUGUUCUAAGCACCCUAGUUGUGUGCGCUUGGUAGCACUUAACAGCACUACUACAACUCUGCCUUCUAAAUACUUUACCAGUAAUUCUAAACCAGAAAAUGUGUACAAAUAAAUCAUGCCUUUAUUUUGAAAA